GACAUCAUGGCCACGAGGUCAUCCGACUGGCUCCAGCAGACCCCCGGAGUGGACACAGUCCACCAGCUAGACACGUGGCCAUCCUGGGACUCGGAGCCCCGGUUUUGGCAGGAUGUUCUGACAGAGCAGCUCUGGCAGAUUUUUACUGGGAUCCAGGAGCGCCCAAGACGCAGGAUUCUCAGCCCAGCUACGCCCUCCCCCAGCUCCUCUGAGGGCUCCCGAAAGGGAAGCACAGGACUGGGCACUGUAGGAGAGGAGGUGUUCUCCCACAUGGCCCAGGAGCUUCCUGUAAAAACCUAUCAAUUUCUGAAGCCCAUAUGCUGGGACCCUGAGGACUUUGAAAACACAUGGAAUAGGCCUGAUGCUUUGCCCUGGCAGUCCAAGAAGCUGGCCGUGCCACACAGAGUGGAGAAGAUACGGAGGCUAGAACAUGGGGAGCCCGUGCUGGCCACGGCCGUCAGCAGCUUCACGCGGCACGCCUUCACCUGUGGCAGGGGCGGCGUCAAGGUGUGGAGCCUGGUCGGCCAGGUGGUGGAGGCCAGGUUUCCGGAGAGCUACCUGCGUGUACAGACCCAGGGGGCCUACCUGCGCACCUGCUUGCUGUUCUCAAACAGCACGGCCCUGCUGACGGGCGGCCACAACCUGACCAGCGUGAGCCUGUGGGACCUGACGGCACCUUCCCUGUACGUGAGAGCAGAGCUGCCCUGUGCAGGCCUCACCUGCCAGGCCCUGGCCGCCAGCCCUGAGGACAACCUGGCCUUUGCCGGUUUCACCGAUGGCAGCGUCAGGAUCUGGGACCUGCGGAACCAGAGUGUGGUCAGGGACCUGCCGGGUCACCUGAACGGUGCCAAGAGCAUCGCUGUCAAAGACCAGCACAUCUGGACAGGGGGUCUGGACGCCUGCCUGCGGUGCUGGGACCUGAGGACCACUGGGGAGCCCCAGGAAUACCAGUUCGAGUCUCAGAUAAUGAGCCUGUCCCCCAGCCCCUGGGAGGACUGGGUGCUGGUGGGCACAGCCAACGGCCAGCAGUGGCUGCAGCCCAGCCUUGGGGGCCAGAAGCACAUGGUGGGGUGUAAGGACGGCACCAUCCUCGGUCUCAAGUUCUCCCCGCUGGGCCAGUGGUGGGUGAGCGUGGGGACGGACAACCUGGUCAGCGUCUUCAGCAUGCCCAUGGGGACCACAGUGGUCCAGGUACCCGAGACAUCCUCCAUCAUGUGCUGCGACGUGUCCCCCAGCAACCACCUGAUCGUCACGGGGUCCAGGGACCAUGCCUCAGUGUACCAGAUCACAUACUGA